AUGCUGCUGCUGCUGACCUUGGCCCUCCUUGCUGGCCCCACCUGCAGAGCCCAGAACAUACUGGACAAUAAAAUUGGUACCUAUUUCUACAUUUGCAGUGAAGAUCAGGGUGAACUCAAAGGCAUCCGGGUCUUCUCGCCUUUUUAUGGAUUUGUCGGCAUCCAGCUGCUGUUUGGUGAACAGUGGAGUCCCAUCUACGGAGCUCAGUCAUCAAAUCAGCAGAAGUACCUGCUGAGUAAGGGUGAGCGUGUGAUUGCUGCGGGCACUAACGAUGGCAUCUGUGUGCGUUACCUGCAUUUGGUGACCAGCAAUGGGUGCGAAGCCACUCUGGGUACUGAGAGGGACUAUUUUCCCCUCCGAGUCACUCGUGGCUCAGGCAAGCACGCCCUGACGAUCGAGGGCAAGUACACUUGCAUCACCGCGCUGAACUUCAAGUGGGGACACAGCCCCGAAGAUUCGAUCUCGGGGAAGCCAGAAGACCAGAUGGUCAAUUUGUGCGGUGCCAAAGAGGACGGUGGGGGCAGUGAUGAAGAUGAAAGCAAUGACAGAGAAAAUGCUCAAAACAGCAACAAUAAGGGCAGCGAUGACAGUGGUGAAGGCAGCAAGGGAGCCUGCAAAGAUGGCAGUGUGGGCAAAGGGAGCUAA